GUCAUCUCUCUUUCGCCCUGAGAAUCCUCCUUUAUAUAAAAAAAAAAAGAAGAAGAAACAGAGCAAUAUAAAAUACUAAAAAAGCUUAACACCAAUCAAUGGCUCUCCCAUUGCCAUUGAUCUUCCUCAUGUUUUGGUUAUCAGCAAGAGUUGAAUCAACCAGCUUCAUCAUGGAGAACAAAUGCGAGUACACAGUCUGGCCGGGACUCCUCUCCAACGCCGGAGUUCCCCCACUUCCGACGACCGGCUUCGUCCUCCAAAAAGGCGAGGAGCGAACAAUCACCGCUCCAGCUUCAUGGGGCGGUCGUUUCUGGGGAAGAACGCUAUGCUCCACCGACGCCGCCGGCAGAUUCUCCUGCGCCACCGGAGACUGCGGCUCCGGGACCCUCGAAUGCUCCGGCUCCGGCGCCGCGCCGCCCGCCACGCUGGCCGAGUUCACGCUCGACGGAUCCGGCGGCCUCGAUUUCUACGACGUGAGCCUCGUCGACGGCUACAACGUCCCGAUGCUCGUCGUCCCUCAGGGAGGCUCGGGGCAGAACUGCAGCAGCACUGGGUGCGUCGUGGAUCUGAACGGGUCGUGUCCGUCGGAGCUGAGGGUGACGGGGGCCGACGGGGGGAAGCAGUCGAUGGGAUGCAAGAGCGCGUGCGAGGCGUUUCGGACGCCGGAGUAUUGCUGCAGCGGCGAGUUCGGGACGCCUGAUAAGUGUAAGCCGUCGGAGUACUCGCUGGUGUUUAAGAACGCUUGUCCACGUGCGUACAGCUACGCUUACGAUGAUCAGAGCAGUACCUUCACAUGCGCCAAGUCCCCUAACUACGUCAUCACCUUCUGCCCUGCUCCAAACACGAGUCAAAAAUCAUCUCAAGAUCAGAGCCCAGACACAAAACCGACGACACCACCAGGAACGUCUACAACUCCUGCUGGGGGAAGUACGACGUGGACGCCGGAAGAUACGUCGAUGAUAUACGAAGGAGCUCUAGAUCAGAGCAAAUCAUCACCCUCGUCGUGUCAUCUCUCGUUAUAUGGAAUCAUUGUCACACUUGCGCUGGCCUUUUGUCGGAUGUGGUGGCUCUUUUGACCUAACUUUUCUUACUUUGGUCUCCCGCGGUAAACACUGAAUCAGGACAAUGUGGGCCCUCACAAAAGCCUUAUCUCUUCCUAGCCCAUGUGACUUUUUUCCAAGAACGAGUCGGAUGAGUCUGAGUUAUAAGAGGUUGCAGUGGAAAGCUUUACUCAAAUUACAGAACUAACGUUCAUGAGAGGAUUCUUGUUUUUUUGGUGGGGAACAUGUGGGCAAAGAAAGUGGGCUGCUUGUGGACUUCAAAAAAGACGGGAAUCAUAUUUGUUUAAUCUUUAAUGAAAUUAUUUUUAGGAUUAUAAUAUAAUGUACACUAUAUAAAGUAAUCUAUAAAUUUUAAGUUAAUUUA